AAAGUUUCCGCCCACGAGGAAUUACAAUAACUUGGCUCGCGGACAGGCUUAUUAUUUGAUUACAUUUAAUCAUAUGUUAGGAUACUGCCAUGGAUGUUGUGUUUGUUACUUUGUCGCCCAUCACAGAAUAAUUUUGUUGCUGUUAACCUUUUAUGUGAAAAAGACUCGGUGACAUUAAAGCAUUUCAGAUAAUGCAUGUUCAUUCCUGCACUUUGUGAAACUAUAGAGCGGCAGCUCCAACAAAGAAAACGCUAUUUUAAUUUGACAGCUACUGAAUACAGACUGGCUACAGAGCGGCUGGGGAUCAGAUGUAUGCAUUUGACAGCCGGAUUUCUGAAUGGAUGACAGCUGUUCUGCCUCCUACAAAGUAAUGCGUAUAAAAUUCUGGAGACAAGGACCAACAAACCAAACUGACCAAUGCAUGUGGAUUGUGUAAAUUCUACAGAAUAGGGGGAAACAGCAUUCUUGCCGAUUUCUAUCCAGGAUAUUAACAGCUUUUUUUGCUCUUGGGAGGAUAAGAAUCCCCGAAAUGGAGGAUGGUGCCUUUCCAGAGCUGAAAGAUAUUGAACGGAAACUGGGACGUAAAGUACCAGAAAGCCUGAUCCGAUCCCUUAGAGAAGAUCAUCUGGGUCAUCUGAGAGGGGGAAUGAAGGAAGACAAAGGCAGUAGUAUCCCAGGGUCUCCUAAGGGGCCAGCGCAACCUAACAACACUUUGGAUAGACUGGAGACGAAAAUCCACCUUUUGAGACAAGAGAUGGUGCGUCUUAGAGCGAUUGAUGUAAAACUGAUGCAUCAGCUUCUCUGCAUCAAUGAAGGGAUUGAAUCUCUAAAAUGGGCAAUGGAAGAAAAAGACACCAUGACUAGCAGAGACAGCAGUUUGGCAGGCAGUUUAUAUAGCUUGCUAGAGAGUCAGGAUACGUCACUGAGAGGCAGUUGUAACAGCUUACAAGAUGGCAGUGAAGGACUGGAUGAUAUAUCAGUUGGCAGCUAUUUGGAUACACUGGCAGAUGACAUGCCAGAGAACUGCUACCCUGCUGACUUAGAUCAGUUUAACGAUGCACCUAUUAUACAGGACUCACUGGAUGUUCAUCCUUUCCAUAAAGACAUAAAUGUUAAUCCAGACGUAUACUACAGUUUUGGAUAAAAUCAAAUAAUCAGGCAAAGAAGAAUACAAGCUUUUUACCUGACUUGGAUUAAACCAAAGGUUUCUUAUGCUGCUCUUUUUUGAUGUUUAAAAUGCAGACCUUUCACUGAAACUAAUUCCUGAAGAAAUAUAUUCUUAUCAGUUUUGGUACCGUUUCAUUUUAUUGUAUUUUGUUUUUUCCCUGCACUUCCCCUUAAUUUAUUACCUCGUUUAAAAUGAAAGUAAAAGAUAUAACAAUUUUGCUUUAAAACUGUGUGAGAGACUAUGUGGUAAAGCAUUACAAAAUACUGAAGCAUCAGGGACUAAUAUAAAAGCUAUGCAAAGUGUUUUGAAUAAAGCAAGUUCAUACAUGUGA